AUGAAAAUAUCAGGUGUCUUUCUGCUCCUCUCUCUGGCUCUUUUCUGCUUUUUCUCAGGUGUCUUCAGUCAAGGAGAACAGAUUGACUGCGGUGAUUUCAAGGAUCCCAAGGUGUACUGCACUCGGGAAUCGAAUCCCCACUGUGGUUCCAAUGGCCAGACAUAUGGCAAUAAGUGUGCCUUCUGUAAGGCGAUGGCGGAAAGUGGUGGGAAGAUCAACCUAAAGCAUCAGGGAAAAUGCUGAAUUACAGCCAGUGUUUUGCACUGACCUGCCAGCUUUCUUAUCCUUCUUAUCUUGCUUCUGCUUUUAUUUUUCUUUAGG